AUGGCUCCGGAGAUGAUCAAAGACGCCAAAUAUGACACAAAAGCUGAUAUUUGGUCGCUGGGUUGUAUCAUCCACGAGCUUAUUCUUCUAAAACGAGCAUAUACCAGUGAUUCUCUUAUGCGUCUCAUGUAUAAAAUUGUCGAGGAUCCGGCGCCACGAAUAUCAAAAAAUGAAGUUGCCGAUCUCAAACUUUGGCCAGUUGUCGAUAUUCUUGCAAAAAUGUUGGAUAAAUCGGCUCAGUCGAGACCGAGUGCUGCGCAAAUUCUCCAAGACUCAAUAUUCUCAGAAUCAAGAGCAUCCUCCGCCACAUCACGAAGUUCGACGGGCUCUCGUGGUUCACGCCCUGGCUCGGGAAAAGAGAUGAUUUCUAUGACCUCGAAGCCUGAUUUUACAGAAACUGUGAAGCAACUCGAUACAAUCAAAGCAAAAACUUUUGCUCGCCACUGGUCUCAAACAAGUGAUAAACAAUCAAGUAUAAGUUCUGAUAAAACUCCGACAGCGUCGAUAGAUUUCGCUCUACCAGAAGAAAUCGACGAAUAUGCUUCUCACUUAGAAGCCACUGAAUAUUCGGACUCCGAAUCAGACUCAUCUGAUGAGGAGUCAACAAGUGAUGAAGACGAUUCUGAGGACGAUGAAAUUAUUCGAGAAGCUCGACUUACUCUGACUGAUAAAAUAAAUGGAAGUUUAUACCAAGAAGAGAAAUUUGAAAGAAUCGAUCCAAGCACUGAUCUUGCUUCCGGAGUUUUAACGAGUAAAUACGAAAGAUUAAAAAAGCAAUGCAUCGAUAUGCUGGGAAAAGUCAAUUUUACGAAUGCUUAUAAUUUCUUUCGUCGAAUGUACGAGUUGAAAGAGUUCCCUGAAGAUAUCAUCUCAGAGCUAGGAGAAAUUGUCGGCCCUUUAGCUAACCACUGUAUGAUUGUUGAAGAAUUGAUAAUGCUUGAGGACCAGUUACGCAAAAAUUAA